AUGCGGUUAUAUAUUUGGGAAACCGGAUCCAUUGCAGAAGGCUUACGAAGCUAUGAAGAAUUCCAACCAUUCAUUUUUGAACAGUAUGCUGGUAAGCCUCACAUAAUGUUUGAUAGUUUCAAUAAGGCAGUGGAUACUUACUAUUCAAAACUGGAAAGUCAGCGAACAUCAGAACAAAUCUUACGAAAUGAGCAGAAAGCCAACAAAAAAGUAGAAAAUAUUAAAAAGGACCAAGAACGUCGUUUGAUGGCAUUAAAAACUGAACAAGAAGCAAACAUGCAUUACGCCUAUUUACUAGAAGCUAAUCACCAGCUGGUGGACAACAUAAUUAUCAUGCUCAAUCAUGCAUUAUACAAUCAAUUAGAUUGGACAGAAUUGGAAUCAAUAGUUGAAGAGGCAAAACAACGUGGUGAUCCGUUGGCAUGGCGUAUUGUUGAAUUAAAACUAUUAUCAAAUCAAGCUGUUAUACUUUUAAAAGAUCCAUUUGAAGUGUCUAGUGAUGGUGAAAACACUGUCGAUUCAAGUAAAACGGAUUACACACAAGUAACUAUAGAUCUCGAUUUGAAUGCUCUUAAUAAUGCUCGAAAAUAUUAUAAUAAAAAGCGGGUUGCCAGUAAAAAAGAAGAAAAAACUAUCAAUGCUUCACGCAAAGUUUUAAAGUCAGCCACACAUAAAGCUGAAAUAACUAGAAAGACUGCCAAAACCGUUGCACAAAUUACAGAAGUUCGUAAACCUAUGUGGUUUGAAAAAUUCUUUUGGUUCAUCAGUUCUGAAAAUUAUUUAAUUGUUUCUGGUCGUGAUUCACAACAAAAUGAAGUGUUGGUGAAGCGGUACUUAAAAUCUGGUGAUAUAUUUGUUCAUGCAGAUAUACACGGCGCUAGUACUGUCAUAGUGAAAGCUCGACAUCUUACCUCUGAAGAAAUAAGUUCUUCAAGAUAUCAAGAUAAUACAAUAGAUAAAACUAACAGUUUACCACUACCUCCACCAAAAACGUUAUUAGAAGCAGGUAAUAUGGCUGUAGUACUGAGUUCUGCAUGGACAAGUCAUGUUCUAACAAGAGCUUGGUGGGUUCAUCAUCAUCAGGUGUCAAAAACAGCUCCCAGUGGUGAAUACUUGACAACCGGUGCAUUUAUGAUACGUGGCAAGAAAAACUAUUUGCCACCAUGUCCUUUUGAUUAUGGAUUCGGUAUAAUGUUCAAGUUACAUGAAGAUUCUAUAGCUAAGCAUAAAGGGGAGCGUCGUAUUAUCGUUUUGGAUACACCAUCUUCAGAACAACUGGAAGAUAAAAUGGAGAGAUUAACUUUGCAUAAUGAUGAAGAGAAUUCAGAAUUUCCAAAUACUAUUCUUCAGUUAGAUUUAGCAAAUGAUCUGUCCAAACCCUUAGAUUCCCUCAGUCCUAAAGGUGGUGAUGAAUCUGAAAUCCUACCAGAAGUCCUGCCGAAAAAGGUGAAAAUAAACAGUCAGAAGGUAGAUAAAUCAAAGUCAUGCAAGAAAACCAACAAAGUAGCCAAUGUAGAUAAGGAAGUUGUAAAAGAAAAUGAGAAAUCCCAUGAAACUCAAGUACCAUUAUUGAAACAACAACCUUUAAAACGUGGUCUGAAAUCUAAACUUAAAAAAAUCAAACAAAAAUAUAGCGAACAAGAUGAGGAUGAGAGAUUACUUUGUAUGAAGAUUCUUCAAGGAGGUGACGCUAAACCCAGUCAAUACCAUCAAAUCCUCGAACGGGAUAAUCUUUCAAGUCAAAAUGAAGAAGAGAAAUCCACUCCCGAUAACGAAACAAUAUGUGGUCAGGAUAGUGAUGACGAUGACGAAAAAAAGGAUGAGUUGUGUGUCGAUGACGAAGCUGAACCAUUAAAUUCUCCAACAAAUCCAGAUGAUAAUCAUUCAAUUAAAUCAAAUGAUGAAAAAAGCUUACAAGACUUGGAAAUUGAAGAUGCAAUCGAUAAUGAAGAAUUCUCAGAUGAAACUAAAGAAGAUGAUUUAAUCCAAAUGUUGAAUUCACUAACUGGUCAACCAUAUGAAGAUGAUUUAUUGUUAUAUGCUAUUCCAGUCUGUGGUCCUUAUUCAGCCAUGUUGAAGUAUAAAUACAGAGUGAAACUGAACCCAGGAAUUACAAAAAGAGGAAAAGCUUCUAAAAUGGCGAUGUUUCAAUUCACGUCGGAUAAGUCUGCAACAAACAGAGAACGAGAAUUGAUGCGAGCAAUGAAAGAUGAGGAAGUUCCAAGAAAUUUCCCUGGUUGUGUGAAAAUUACGCUACCUCAAGGGAAAACUUUGAAGAAAAAAUAG